UGUAGUUCCCGUAGUCAGACUGUUUCCUUGUAGCCUUCAUGAGGCGGAUUCUGCUCAGCAGAGGGAAGUAGAUAUGAAAAUAGGGGCCAGGAUUGUGUGAAUUUCUGGAAAUAUGUCCAAGAAAAGGGGCAGAAAGCGUAGCAGCGGCGAGCUGAGUGAGAGUUCUGGUUUGUCUCUGUCGUCGACCCUAGACCCUAACAACCUGCUUGGCCUGCGGAUUGAGCACAAUUGGAGGGAGAAGGGCAACCUAACCAAGUGGAAAGGCACAGUGCUGGAGCGCCUCACCGUCAACACCUCCCUGUACAUGGUCAAAUACGACGGCUUCGACUGCGUCUAUGGCAUUGAGCUGUUCAAAGAUGAGCGGGUGUCCAACCUGCAGGUUUUAACAGAGAAAGUCGUAAACAACAAGAUCAAGGUGCCCCACGAUGCUCCAGAGCUGGUGGGCAAGGCUGUGGAGCACCUGUUUGAGAAGGAGGACGGUGAGAAGAACGAGUGGCGGGGCAUGGUGCUGUCUCGCGCCCCCAUCAUGACCAACUGGUACUACAUCACCUAUGAGAAGGACCCUGUGCUCUACAUGUACCAGCUCUGGGACGACUAUAAGGAUGGAGACCUCCGCAUCCUCCCUGAAGCAGAGAACAAACACCUGCUGCCUGCGGACAGGAAGCCAGGCGAGGAGACAGAGAGCCUUGUGGGUAAGCAGGUGGAGUACGUCACUGAUAAGGGCGUGAAGAGAACUGGGCUGGUUAUCUACCAGGUUCCCGCCAAACCCUCCGUCUACUACAUCAAAUACGACGACGACUUCCACAUCCACGUUUAUGACCUGGUCAAAACCACCUAGAAUACAACUUGACCUGGUCAAAACCACCUAGAAUACAACUAGACCUUGUCAAAACCACCUAGAAUACAACUAGACCUUGUCAAAACCACCUAGAAUACAACUAGACCUUGUCAAAACCACCUAGAAUACAACUCGACCUUGUCAAAACCACCUAGAAUACAACUCAACCUUGUCAAAACCACAUAGAAUACAACUCAAACCUUGUCAAAACCACCUAGAAUACAACUCGACCUUGUCAAAACCACCUAGAAUACAACUCGACCUUGUCAAAACCACCUAGAAUACAACUAGACCUUGUCAAAACCACCUAGAAUACAACUAGACCUUGUCAAAACCACCUAGAAUACAACUAGACCUUGUCAAAACCACCUAGAAUACAACUCGACCUUGUCAAAACCACCUAGAAUACAACUCGACCUUGUCAAAACCACCUAGAAUACAACUCGACCUUGUCAAAACCACCUAGAAUACAACUCGACCUUGUCAAAACCACCUAGAAUACAACUCGACCUUGUCAAAACCACCUAGAAUACAACUAGACCUUGUCAAAACCACCUAGAAUACAACUAGACCUUGUCAAAACCACCUAGAAUACAACUAGACCUUGUCAAAACCACCUGGAAUACAAUCCGACCUGGUCAAACCUACCUAGGAAGGACUUUCUAGUCCCCCCGCCUCAGACCCUUACACCUGUACACCCACCUUGAGGUCGACUCCCAUUUGAACUCAGUCAAUUCAGGAAGUGAGUUCAAAAUUCAGUAUUUACCAAAUCGAAAUAUUGAGAGGCUUAAUUCAUCAAUGGAAUUUGAAUACCUCCCCUGAGUUGACUGGAUUGAAAUGAAACUCUACAAACCUGACACUUACUGUCAUUAUUGUGGACAUGUUCCCUGCCUUGUCUCAUCUAAUGGGAGAAGGACUACCAAGGUCAGAAGUUUGCUAAAAGUGUGAAAUCUGUGACUUAGAUCGACUAGGCUUUUGUAAACAGCUCAAAGCUUACAUCUAUUUAUUUUUCAUUUAAAGUAACUGUCAAACUUUUCCAGAUUUCUAUGAAAUAUGACAAUUAAUUACUUACAAUAUGAGAAAAAUAGUUUUCCUUUCAAAAAAAAGUAAUUAAGUAUGUUAAAAAGCAGCUUUUCUGUAUUUGAAUGGUGUGUGUGGUGGUCAUCACAAAUUUUAAUGCGAGUAGGCCGCUGAUUGGCCAUCUCAUCCUCCUCAGGAGUAUGACAUCAUACUCUAUUUAAACGGUCUGUUUUAGAUACAAGUUUGAGGUGGGGUUUUUGAAGUGUUUAUUUUUCUCCAAUUUAUGCUUUGGCCACAUGAGUAUAGGACGAGUCAACAAGAUUAUUUGGCUUAACAGAAUAUUAACUUUCUUUAAAGUUACAUUUUCACUCGACAGUUACUUUAAGAAACAAGAGAUGAAGCAGCAAUGUUUUAUUUUUCUUAUCUCUAUGUGCAACUUAUUUUAAAACAUAUUUAGCUUUCAUUUUUAUUUAUAUAUUCUGAAAUAAAACAUGGAUACGAACUUUGUACCAGGGCAAAAGCUUUGAUACAAUGUAUUCCCAACUGAUGGUUGAUGACUUGGUUACUAUGGACAAUAGAAUUAGUGUUUUGCUUGGUUAAGGAAGUAGAUAUUAUCAGUGAAAAUGACCUAUGUUAAUGUUCAAAUGUGUUGCUUGAAUAGUGCAAGAAAAUAAUGUUAUUUAAUUGAAAUUAUAAACAAUUGCCAAGAUUUGCCUGCUCAUGUUUCAGAAACACCCACGCCAGCUAAGCUCACAUUUUAAUUUGAGAGGAAUUGUUUGACUUAGCUACUAGUUUCAUAAGUUCAGAGAGUCAUGUUUAAGACAUUUUGGAUUACAAUCAAUCCGUAUUCAUGGUUGAAUAAUGUAAUAUUUCUGUCAUGUUGUUAGACCGUCAUGCCCGUAACUGUACUUACCUUUUGUAAAUACCUGUAAUGUGUGUCGCAUUUUAAAAAAUACUGCAAAGAUGUUUUGGUAUUAUUUGCUCUUCCUGUUUGAUGUUGAAUAAUGCUUUAUUUUGCGAUUGCAGCCAUUGUUGGUUCAUUAUUUUUCCCCACUAGUGUUCAGGUUUACUUAGCAUUUAAACCUUUUUUUUAAAUAAGGAAUUAAACAUAAAAAGUCAUAAAACUG